AUGGCAGCAGUAGGCAUGGCCUUGUUGUGCCUCGUUCCUCCCACUGCUCCCGGGGCGGCUCGGCGUCUGCUGGGCCAAAAGGCCGGCUGCCAAACCCUCAGCCCACCCUUGGCCUUGGGAGCCCGAGGAAAAGCUGCCACAGCCACCGCGCUCCCUCAGGCCGGGCGGGGGACACCCCAGGUCUGCGUGGCCCCCGCGCCGCCACGCCCAGUGGCCGCCCGAGCCCUGCGAGCAGGGGGAGGAGCCGCCGCCAGUGGAGGCGGAGGAGCAGAGGAGGCGGAGACGGCGGAGACGGCGGAGAAGGCGGAGAGGAAGGUGGAGGCGGAGGCGAAGGUGGAGGGGAAGGUGGAGGCGGCGGGGAAGGUGGAGGCGGCCGGGAAGGUGGACGCCACCGGGAAGGUGGAGACGGCAGGGAAGGUGGACGCUGCCGGGAAGGUGGAGACGGCGGAGGGUCCGGGCCGCCGGGUAGAGCUCAAGCUGGAGCCCGAACCCGAACCCGAGCCGGCACGGGAGGCGGAGCAGGGGCCGAAGGGGGAGCCGAAGCAGGAGCCCGAGGAUGAGAACCCGGCGCGGAGCGGCGGUGGCGGCGGCAGCGACGAGGUUCCUCUCCCCACCCUUCCCUCCGACCCCUCGCGGCCCCCCGAUCCCUCCCCGCGGCGCAGCCGUGCCCCCCGCCGCCGACCCCGGCCGCGGCCGCAGACCCGGCUCCGUACCCCGCCGCAGCCUAGGCCACGGCCCCCGCCCCGGCCCCGGCCCCGGCGCGGCCCUGGGGGCGGAUGCCUGGAUGUGGAUUUCGCUGUGGGUCCACCAGGCUGUUCCCACGUGAACAGCUUUAAGGUGGGAGAGAACUGGAGGCAGGAACUGCGGGUGAUCUACCAGUGCUUCGUGUGGUGUGGAACCCCAGAGACCAGGAAAAGCAAGGCAAAGUCGUGCAUCUGCCAUGUGUGCGGCACCCAUUUGAACAGACUCCACUCUUGCCUUUCCUGUGUCUUCUUUGGCUGUUUCACAGAGAAACACAUUCAUGAGCACGCUGAGACAAAACAACACAACUUAGCUGUAGACCUUUAUUACGGAGGUAUAUACUGCUUUAUGUGUAAGGAUUAUGUAUAUGACAAAGACAUUGAGCAAAUUGCCAAAGAAGAGCAAGGGGAAGCUUUGAAAUUACAAGCUUCCACCUCAACCGAGGUUUCUCACCAGCAGUGUUCCAUGCCAGGCCUCAGUGAGAAAUAUCCAACCUGGGAGACAACCAAACCCGAGUUAGAACUGCUGGGCCACAACCCAAGGAGAAGAAGAAUUACCUCCAGCUUUACCAUCGGUUUAAGAGGACUAAUCAAUCUUGGCAACACGUGCUUUAUGAACUGCAUCGUCCAGGCCCUUACCCACACUCCGAUCCUGAGAGAUUUCUUCCUCUCCGACAGGCACAGAUGUGAAAUGCCAAGUCCCGAGUUGUGUCUGGUCUGUGAGAUGUCUUCGCUUUUUCGGGAGUUGUAUUCUGGAAAUCCAUCUCCUCACGUUCCCUAUAAAUUACUGCACCUGGUGUGGAUACACGCACGGCAUUUAGCAGGGUACAGGCAACAGGAUGCCCAUGAGUUCCUCAUCGCAGCGUUAGAUGUCCUGCACAGGCACUGCAAAGGUGAUGAUGCCGGGAAGGCAGCCAACAAUCCCAACCACUGUAACUGCAUCAUUGACCAAAUCUUCACAGGUGGCCUGCAAUCUGAUGUUACCUGUCAAGCCUGCCAUGGUGUCUCCACCACGAUAGACCCAUGCUGGGACAUCAGUUUGGACUUGCCUGGCUCUUGCACCUCCUUCUGGCCUAUGAGCCCAGGGAGGGAGAGCAGUGUGAAUGGGGAAAGCCACAUACCAGGAAUCACCACCCUCACGGACUGCCUGCGAAGGUUUACGAGGCCAGAGCACUUAGGAAGCAGUGCCAAAAUCAAGUGCGGUAGUUGCCAAAGCUACCAGGAAUCUACCAAACAGCUCACAAUGAAUAAAUUACCUGUCGUUGCCUGUUUUCAUUUCAAACGGUUUGAACACUCAGCCAAACAGAGGCGCAAGAUCACUACAUACAUAUCCUUUCCGCUGGAGCUGGAUAUGACACCGUUCAUGGCCUCGAGUAAAGAGAGCAGAAUGAAUGGACAGUUGCAGCUGCCAACCAAUAGUGGAAACGACGAGAAUAAGUAUUCCUUGUUUGCUGUGGUUAAUCACCAAGGAACCUUGGAGAGUGGCCACUACACCAGCUUCAUCCGGCACCACAAGGACCAGUGGUUCAAGUGUGAUGAUGCCGUCAUCACCAAGGCCAGUAUUAAGGACGUUCUGGACAGUGAAGGGUAUUUACUGUUCUAUCACAAACAGGUCCUGGAACAUGAGUCAGAAAAAGUGAAAGAAGUGAAUACACAAGCCUACUGAAGUGACACACAGACCUACCUACCUGUAAUGGAAGAUGACAGCACCCGUACUACAACUGGCAUUGAGAUUUAAAGGACCUACUUGCAUGGCCCACGGGCCUGACAGAGUAAGAAUUGAACAGUUCCCAGUGUCUAAAAGGUCCUGAUUGGAAGAGAAAUAGAAGGGGCGGGAGAAGAGGCUCUAGUCUUAAGCGGUCAUUUAAAGGAAGGUUAAAUGGCAGGAUGCUCUGGGUGGGGGAGGCAGGAGCAGGGAAAUCCUGACACUGGUACAUAUCCUAUA